AUGAUUGGUGAAAAAUUGCCUCCUCUUUCACCAAAUGCACCACCAAAACCAUCAAAUUCUAGUGAUAUUUUCGUAAUUGCACAACUUCGUGGUGAAAUGAUGAAAGUUCAACAAUCAAUUCAAAGAUUAUCAUCUGAUUAUGCCCAAUUAGACACUAUAAUUCCAGAAAAUAUAGCUCAAACAAUCAACCAACUUGAAAGUAACUGCAAUAUUCUCGAUACUAAAGUUACAUCGGAAACAUCAAGAGAUUGGAUUUCCGAAUUAAACGAAUUGGAGAAGAAUAUCAACGCAAUUAGUUCCAAAUAUUCUAAAUUUAACAACAAGACUAAUAAAAAUAUACAUUCUCAACAAUUUGCUAAAUCCUGUACAACAUUUGAAAUGGAAUUAAACAAAACUAAUGAAGAAUUCCUGAAUAAACUUGAGCGUGAUAUAAUGAACCAGAUUGCUCAACUCAAAGGUGAAAUUCCACAAGAAACUAAAGAGGAAGAAGAAGAUCCUCUAAAAUUAACUGCAAUGAUGGUCGAAGUACAAGAAAAGACAUCAAAAGAAAGAAUUUUCAUCGAAAAGCGUACUGAUCCAGAACUAACAGCACGCGUAAGGAGGCAUGUUGACCGUGUAAAUAUGAUCGAAGAUUUAAUUAAGUACAAUAUGAAUAAUUACACACCAGCACAGUCCCAACCUGUUGCAGAUAUUAAGAAGAAGAAUGAAGAAAUUGAAGCGAUUCUCGCAGAUGUCCGUGAAAAAGUUAAUAAUCUUACAAAUGAAAACAUUGAAACCCAGAAACCAAAAGAUGCAGAAGCCAAGCCUGUUGAAGAACCUGUUCAAACUCUAACUCGUGAUGAGAUGUUAAAGUUUUCCGCAUCAAUCAACACUUCAAUACAAGGAAUUUCUUUAGAAAGUCAACAAUUGGCUGAAACGAUCCUCAAACAGUCGGAAAGCAUUGUUGACCAGAUAGACCAAUCCGGAAAGAAGCUCCAUACUGUUGCUCUUGAAGCUGAGAAGUCUCUGAAGAGAGCUGAAGGAAUUUCGGAACAUGUUGAAAUUAUUUCAUCGGUUAGCAUAGCUGAGCAGCCUGAAGUCACAGAGGAAGAUGUUAAGAAGGCCGCAAAGACUGCAAAUAAUAAGGUCCAGAAAGUAAUUAAAGAUGUUGACCAGAGAUUGAAAAUUAUUAAUGAUAGAAUUAAUAAAGUCAAGGCUGCUGCGGUAAAGGAUCAGAUUCCAACUGUUAAUGAAACAUAA